GCGUUGCAUUGGGCGUGCCACGUCGGCGACGAACUCGUCGCCGCCGCGUUGUUAUCGCACGGCGCCGACGUCAACGCGGUCGGCGAGCUCGACAACACGCCGCUGCACGUCGCGUGCGCGAAUCACCACCUGGGGAUCGCGCGGAGGUUGCUCGCGAGGGGCGCGGACGUGCGCGCGGUGAACAACUACGGCACGACGCCGGCGCAGGCGCGUUCUCCUCGCGCCGGUUCCCAUACGACCCCGUUCGCGUAG